AUGGCGUCUACAUCAUUCCUACCUGAAGCUACACAUGCCAAUCUUGACGAUAGCAUUGUAGCUGACAGUGUCCUCGAAGCUCUGGAAGCUCUGGCGGCAGGGAACAUUCCAGCUGCCCUCCGCGAUGACGAGGAAAAGCGCCUCCGAUUUCUCGAGGCGGCUAGAAUGGCUUCGUUCAAGCUCGAGCAACCAUGGGAUACCAUGCAGCGGCUAGUCUUCUGUGCCCUGCCACCCAACAUUGUACAGGCGGGCAUCGAUCUGGGGCUAUGGAGACUACUUGCCAAGCGAGAGGGCACGGCAAUGAGCACUAGUGAAGUGGCCGCCGAACUGGGCGUUGAGCAGGCACUGCUUGUGCGAGUGCUUCGUUACGCAGCCACACAGUGGAUGGUGGAGCAGGUCGGCAUCGACAAAUACCGGGCCACAAGCAUAACGCACUACUUGGCCAUGUCAGGGCUCGAGUCUGUCAUAUUCCAUGUGACCGAGAGAAACAUAGGACUCUACAAUGCGAUACCAAAGUGGAUGGCGGAGAAUUCCUACAAACAACCUCAGGACAACAAGAACCUCCCAUUCAAUCUCAGUAAGAACACUGACCUGCACUUUUUUGAGUGGCUGUCACAG